AUGUCUGAGGGAGCUUACCAACGCCUCUGGGACUCCUCCCACGUGACCCUGCAAGAGCUGCUGGACCAGGAGCAGCCCCUGCUCCAACCGGUGCCCAAACGGCAGCGGAAGUCCUUCCAGUACCGGCUCUCGGUGCUCUUCCUGUACUACCUGGGGCUGCUGCGCCAGUUCGACACCCUCUACGACCAGAUGGUGCAGCCGCAGAAGCGCCGGCUGCUACGGCGCCUGCUGGACAGCGUGGCGGGCCGCGUCCUGGAGCUCAAGGAGGAGAUGGUGCGCGCAGACCUGCGCGAAUUCCACUGCCUGGACCACGUGCUGCAGGACUGCAAGCUCACUCCGGCAGACCUGGAGGUUCCAAUCCCCAAAUACUUCCGGCGGGAGCAGUCCACCACUCUGCACGAGCGAGCGCUCAUGCUGGCAGAGAUCCUGGGCAGGAUACAGCCAGUGUCCCCUCUGGAGCGCUUUCCAGAAAUCUCCCGGGCUGACGCUAUAACCCUGCUGCAAACAGCCGAGCGGGCCAGGCAAGGCCGGCUCCGAGCCGCCUUCGUUCGCGAGAUUCAGAGAGAGGAGGAGCGGAAUCGGAAGAUGAGGGAGGGCGGGCGGCCCAAGUUCAGCCAGGACCAGGCAGCUAUCACCAUUCAGAAGGUGUGGAAGGGUUACCUGCAGAGGAAGCGCACUCAGCAGGACCGGCAAAGGGAGAUGGAGUUCAUCGGCAUGCUCCCAUCGCCCAGCCCGGAGGAGCCCUUGGGUGUCCUGUCCCAGGCUGGUCGCGGGGAGGAUGCCAGGAGGCUCCUCCAGCUGGAGAAGGAGGAGGAGCUCCAAUCGGCCAUGGUGAAGGUCCAGAGCUACCUCAGAGAGACCGAGGGGCCCGCCAUGAAGGAGAGGAUUCAGGAGCAAAUCCGACAGUGGUUCAUCGAGUGCCACGCCCUUACUGGCCAAUUCCCUGAUUACCCAGAUGAGUCUUCAGGUGGGUCCUACCUGAUCUUCUCAGACAAGACUCCAGAACAGGUGAAAAUGGAACUGGAGAUGCAGGUCCAGGAGAGCAAAAAAAAGGACCAAGACCAAAAAAAGGAAAGAGAGAAGAAAGGGGCAAAAGACAAGACCGGAAAAGGGGAAGCAGAUGCAAUGCUGAAAGUGUUGCCCUCCAAAUCUAUACCCCUGAUCAGCGCUGGGCAUGAGGAGUAUAAAAGUGUGUGGCAGAACCGGCAUGACGGCAGGCUCCCCAAGCAGGAUUUUGAUUCCGAGGCCCUCCGGGUGGAGAAGAGGAAGGAAAUGGAGCAGGAGAUCCGGAUCCAGGUGGAUGAGCUGAUGCGUCAAGAGCUGAAGAACCUGCGCCUGGCUGUGGACCGGGAGGUGGAGAGACACUUCAAGGCUCCAAAGAAUAAAGCUGGGAAGACAGGUGGGAAGAAGAAGGAGAAAGACCUGACCCCGGACAGGUCUGUGUCCUCCCUGUUUGAAGAGCUCGUUGUCUGCGGCCUCCUUAAGAAGAGCAAGACAGUGGCCCUGAAGGACUUUGUCGGUGACUUCCUCUACCUUGGAUCCACUCUGAGUUUGAGCAACAAGGUUCCCAUGCCUUCCCUGUUUGACAUUCGACAGAACGUGGCCUUGUACGGGGUCCUCAGGCUUGGCUCCCCAGAUAUACACUCCAUGGCCCCCCUCAUCCGCUCCAUCCUCCUGGUGGGCCCGUCCGGCAUGGGGAAGAAGAUGCUGGUCAAUGCCGUGUGCACAGAAACCGGGGCCAACCUGUUCGACCUGUCACCUACCAACCUGCAGGAGAAAUACCCGGGCAAGAUCGGGGCGCAGAUGAUAGUGCAUAUCGUCUUUAAGGUGGCUCGGCUCCUACAGCCCUCGGUGAUCUGGAUUGGGAAUGCCGAGAAGACUUUCUACAAGAAGGUCCCAAAGGAGGAGGAGGAGAUGGACCCAAAGCGAAUAAAGAAGGACCUCACCAAGGCCCUGCAACUGCUGGGGCCCGGAGACCGUGUGAUGCUGAUAGGGACCACCAGCCAGCCGCAGCUGGCCGAGAUGAAGGGGCUGUGCCGGACCUACGAGCGGAUUCUCUUCAUGCCUCAGCCUGAUUACGCUUCUCGCUACGUGCUCUGGAAGCAUAUGCUGGAAACCCAAGGGGUCCAGGUGACCCAGAGCCUGGACAUCAGCACCCUGGCCAAGGUGUCCGAUGGCUACACGCCCAGUCGCAUCCUCCAAGCCAUCCGAUUGGUGCUCACCGAGCGGCGGAUCCUGCAGUUGCCCAAGCGGCCCCUGAUGGCCUCAGAGUUCUUGGCUCAUCUGGCAAAGCUGGAGCCAGUGCACAGGGAGGAGGAGGAGUCCCUGAAGGACUGGUACUUCAGGACCCCGCUGAGCGUGAGCAGGAUGAAACUGGAAAAGGACCAGGACGCCGAGGAGGCCAGGCUGGCGAAGGAGAAGAAAAAACCGAAGCGACUCUGA